GUGUUGCAUUUUAUCUAAAUUGGUUCAAGUUAUAGCCAUGGAUUUGUAUAAAAUUAUUUUCCCAUUUCUCUUUGUUUUGAUUGGUUCUCAAGCAGCUGCGUAUGAUCAUUUGGAUCCAACUGGGAACAUUACAAUCAAAUGGGACGUGAUGGCAUGGACUCCAGAUGGUUAUGUGGCAGUGGUGACAAUGACAAACUAUCAGAAAUACAGGGAAAUAAAGAAGCCUGGUUGGGAACUAGGCUGGACAUGGGCAAGAAAAGAAGUAAUCUGGUCAAUGGUCGGAUCGCAAGCCACCGAUCAAGGAGACUGUUCCAAGUUCAGAGGAAACAUUCCACACUCCUGUAUGAAACAACCCGUAAUCGUAGACUUGAUGUACGGAGUACCUUAUAAUCAACAGGUUGCAAAUUGCUGCAAAAAUGGCGUAUUGUCGUCUUGGGGACGAAAACCUUCGAAGGCUGUUGCUGCAUUUCAGGUCACUGUUGGUAUAGCUGGUACUACUAAUAAAACUGUGAGAUUGCCGAUGAAUUUUACUCUGCUUGCUCCUGGUUCGCGCUAUACUUGCUGUCCUCCGAAAAUUGUUAAGCCUACGGUUUUUGUGACAUCGGACGGGCGUCGUAAAACUCAGGCGUUCAUGACUUGGAAUGUGACGUGCAAAUACAUGUAGAGGACUGCUUCUUCUUUGAUGCCAGCUUUCUGCAGUGUGCCAUCAAGAUUCAAGAAAAAUCCCCUUCCGAUAUUAUCUAGGCCUAAUAGUAAAAAAAAAUCAAACUUUUAACGCUAUUUAAAUCAGACCUUUUAAUUUUUAUUAUAAUAGCCAAAUUGCAUUUCUUUUUAUAAGUUUGGCCACCAAUUUGUAUUAUUGCGGAAAAAAAAGAAUACAAUUUAACUAUUAUUACAAAAAUUAAAAGAUUUGGUGGAAAUUGCAACAAGUCGUAAAAGUUUGAAUUUUUUUCAUCAUUAGGCUUAUUAUAUACGGUGCACUUGUGGAGUCCUACGAUUUUGGCGUUUUGUUUCCAAAUUUUAGUAAAAAAAUAUUUGUUGCGCCAUUUUCUAUUGCAUCGUUGUUCUUUUAAUAUGUAUGGUUCCUGCAACAUAGAUAAAUUGUUUUUAAUUGUUUUUCUUUUUUUAGUUUAAACUAUAAUUUUAAGAAUGAUUCCUUAUUUAAGGAACUUCUAUUUAAUACUCUAUUUUGUUCAAUAAGAAGACCAAAAAAUAUGUGGAUGUUUACAUGUCAAAGAUCAAUAAUUGUCAAUCAAACUAAAAAGAAAUGCUAUAGCCUAUAGAUCAUUGUUUUUGGUUCA